CUUCGCAGGACAAACGUGCCAGCAUUUCCCCGGUCGCCGGCAUCCAAACUGCAACCAGUGGAUACAUUCAAUCCGAUACCCAGCAGCCUCGAUGAUAUGGAUUCAAUCGUCAUUCCAGUGAACAAAGCAACAAUUUACCUCGAUAAAUCACUCAGGGUUCUGGGACUUCACACCGAAGCUAGAACAUCAUUCAUAACGUGCGUACAUAUGCGCUACCUCAGGCUAUCAAAUCAUAAACACGUCACUAAAACUAUUGGCUACCUUCUAUUCUUAAACACGAAUUUAUUGCCCUCCGAUUUUUCCUCAAGCGGCAUACGAACGCGCCGCUUCUUUAUGCAUUUCUCCGCAGCCUGACGUCGUGACUCGCAUAUGUAUGCUAUUCAAAGGUAUCUGUAAGGAGCACUUAGCAAAUUGGGCCAAUGCACAAAUGCAAGCAGAGAAAGAUGUUGCUCGGUGGGUGGAUGUAGUUGGAGUUGAUCCUGCAAGAGCUGGUGAUGUGGCUUUGUUCAGGGUGUUGGAAUGGGGUUGGAUGGAGGUUCUCGUUUGAUAUUCUAUCAGAUUACUCGAUUUGUGUAGGUGUUUUGAUCAGUUCUGUAUCCGGUGGUUGUGAGGAGAACAUGAGCUCGACGUG